CUUAAAUGUGCAAUUCACAGUCGCCAYCGUGACAUCAUUCGGGGAACUGCAAACAAACCAAAAACAGCCGAGGUGAAAUGAACACGUGCUUUAGGUGUGGGGUGCUGUACGGUACGAUCACCGUCUUGCUCGCACGAAAGCACGGGAGCCGAUGAUUGGUCGAUUAGUCGUACCCGAAGCAAAAWUUUUCGCAACCGUUGAACACGCUGCCCGUGCUUUUUUCAACCGCAGGCGAAGCACCCGCAGUAGAAUCAUGAUAAUAUCGACGUAGCACGGUACGAGUGCAACUACUAUGUUGUAAAAUACCUCGUCAGGCAAUACGUACGGUACGASACAGCUCGGCACAACCAACCUGGUUCCGAUUUUGAUUGCCGGCCGAUAUCCUCCCAGAUUUUCGUCGAUCGAAUCUUGUCGGCAGUCGCAGUCGUAGCGGAUCCGAAAACUCCGUUAGUGGUUUGUUCCAAAGAAUUCGAUUCAUCGCAACCCGCCCAUCGUCGGAGCUUCCGAAUCGAUAUUAUCGAAACAUUUAUGAUGGAGGCACGAAAGAGAGGGGGGACCUCCCGGGAAAGCGUCGGUGACUAUGACAUCGAGACCAACCAGGGCGUUGGGGCCGUCGACAUGGCUUCGGCGUCUCCCUAUUCGAGGAUGGCCAAGGACCCAGUGGAAGUAGUCGGCGGCGCUCCCGACGGGAUCUUGGCCCCCGGCCCGUCUCCKGCCGAAGACUCGCACAUUCGCAGCCUUGCAAAGGGCUUCACGUGGAGAUUCGUCGCCAGCGGAACGACGAUUGCGAUCGCCAAGAUUGUGACGGGGGAGACGACGAUCGCCUUUCAGAUUGGCUUUAUCGAAUUCUUUGCCAAGAUCAUGAUCUACUACCUGCACGAACGGAUAUGGGCCAAGAUCCGCUUGUAGCGUGGAAUCGAAUCGAAUUGAAUUGAAUUGAAUCGAAGCACAGAACCUUCCGAGGCGGUGAGGAGAACAGAACGAAACAACGCCAGCCGGCUCACUGGACGGUUGAUGAAUCUAUCAAACGAGCAAGCAAAGGAGUGAACCAUUCAAUCUUCUCCCUUCGAACCAAUAAGUUGUUCAGAAGUUCAAACACGUUACACUUUCUGGUAUGCUAGUAUUUGGUUUGCACGAUGGGGAGAUGGAUCCUAUCCUGGCUUGCCUGGUCAGUUUUAAAACCAUGUACACUAUGAAAAAUAAAAAGAGCUGCAACUGGAUGAUACAUUGGCGUGCAAGUUAAAGAUACUUAAACAGAACCAAAAGGCGUUCGGAGAGUAAACCUAAGAGGGACUUGCUUCUAUGGUUCCAGGAUUUGCUGGUAGUGGUUUGAAAGCAUUUUAGUAGAUUUUCCACUUCCUUACACAGUGAAUCCUUAUCAUUCGUUCAGUUAUCCAAAAGGAUCUGCCCUCGCGUUCGCGCAUUUCUUGUUGUUUUCGUGUUUGGCGGUUCUGCCAUAUGAAACCGAUGCAGUGCGCAUCGAAUCUGUCGGAGGAAUUCGGAUAAACAACCCAUCUCUGUUGAAUGUCCCCAUGCAAUUCCUUGCAGCUUCUACAUCGCACGAUAACGAUCACUAACAAAAGAAGAAAACUAAAUUUUGUGUUAGCUGUACACGUCCAUUACUGCCGCCUCUGUUAUCAGCAUCACCACUGCCACUGCCACUGCUACCAUAGCCAGCUCCUAACAUCAACAAUAUCUCAUAUCGAUCCCUCGAGCCUUGUUGAAUGGAAGGGAGAAAUGUAAGCCAAAUUUGCCAACAAAGUGUCUGACAUUGCUUUCAAUUAUUUUACCACCAAGCGCAACGAGCGCAAAGAAAAAGACACGGUGAAAGUCGCGACACAUGAGCAUGAUGUUGCUUUACUAUUCCAGGUCCUUCGCACAAAAAUCUGAGAUGCUGGACAGCCCAACAAGGUCCAUAAUUUUCACCAAUCGACUAAACUUGCUCAUCGAAUUAUCGAAGUCCAACACACACACAAACACCGUGUCACGGUUGUUAUGGAAGUAAACAAGUACACAAACAAAUUAUCAGAGAUGCAGAUUCCGGCAAGUUGGAAUUAUUUCAAGUCAAACCUUCGAUUGUCGUAGCAAAUCAAGGCUAUGAACUGUUCUAAAAUGUGGUGRUCAAUGUGACGCUUGAGUGGAUUAGCCGAUUGUUUUACAACGAUAGAGAAAUGGUUUUUGGAAACAUCACCAUCUGUCAUGGAUGGCAUGGUGAUUAAAAUAACCAAAGAAACGAAGAAUCAAAGGAACGCAUCAAAGAAGACAAAGUUCUUSUCAAUCAUUUUCGGACCAUUCUUUCCGAAUUUUUGACUUCCAUUGACAAUCUAUAAGGAGAAAGUCCUUCUGGUCCGACAGCAGCCACAGUCAGAAAAAAAAAGAAACCCAGUUCAAAGUUGAUGUCGGAUUCCACAAAUCAGAACAAAUUAUGUGAAUGGACGAAUGAAAUUUUUUGCAAUCUGAUUAAGAACCAUGAGAAAAGGGCAUCUAUAGCAGGAAUGUCUCUCRAACUCUCAAUAUCAAGAUCCAUAAUCUCGCGACUGAAAUCAAAGAAUGUUCCUUGCUCAAUGCCUUCGACCCGGACGACAAGAUCAAAACUCGUCUGUUUGAUGCCCCAACCKCGAUAAAUUUCUUCUUGACCAGAAGYAGAAUUCUAACAGCAUCCCAACCAACCAGUAUGUGUUUACUCUGCGUCAAUGUCUCCGUUGCAACAACAUAGAAGGAGCCUAUCCACUGGCGGUUGAGUUUUAUGGUUUGUCAUUCUCCUUCUGGCGUAAACGAACAACGAUACAAGGCUGGUUGAACAAGAAUCAUGUAGUUUUAUUUUGGUUGCUAGCUCCUGUAAUUGCUACGCACGGUUUUGAAAGGACGAUAUUUUAUMAUUUUUCUUUUGUUUUUUUUUGAAUGUCGUUUCCGGGUAGUCAUGCAUACAGUCUGAUCCGUUCGUAUACACCCAGGCCGUUGCUUCGAUGCUCUAUCGUUUUGCGCAGCAACGACCCGCCACCAGAAUUCUUGUUUCUUUUUCCACUAAGCAGAUUGUUGUUUCUCUAGGUCCUCCAGGUGGACAUAGGUAUUGCCCACGGGCAGGAACUCCGUCAGGUGCUCCUUCGCUCGCUGGUGCGUCUCCAGGGAGGUUCGCUUGAUGUCCUCGGCCUCAUCGGCCGUCACGGUGGCAACAAAGGUCGCCGGGUUUCCUGCCCACUUCUGUCCCGACGGAAUGUACGUGUAAGGAGGGACGACCGUCCCCGGUUCGAGGAUAACGUUCGACUCCACGACGGCGCCCUCAAGGAUGGUGCACUUCUCUCCGAUGACCACCAGGUCCUCGAUGCGGCAGGAUUUUAGGACGCAGCCCCCACCGAUGGUAACAUAGUGCCCGAUGCUUGUGAYGGGGGGRAAUCCCGUUUUCAGGGUCCCGUUCUUUUUGAGGGUGGUGACGACGGAUCCUUCUCCGACGCUCGACGUGAACCCGAUUGUGAUGGGGUGGGAGGAAUCGGCGCGGACCACGGCUCCGUACCAAACGCUGGAUUGGUCCCAAUUCGUCACCUCGCCGAUCACCGAUGCAGUGGGGGCGAUGAAGGUGUCGUUCGUGACAAACGGUGACUGCCCGAGGAAGGUCAUCUUUGGGCGGUGUCGGGAAAUAAUCUAUUUGUUUCGAAUCCGGAUUCGGUUUGAUUCGUUUCGUUUCAUUUCGUUGGAUUCAAUCACACGAAGAUCAAAUAAGUUCAGUCAUAAUGU